CCGGGCCACCGCCUGCAAUGGAGCUAUAGCGCAGCUAGGAAUGAAGCAGAGCGCUGCGACGUUAUACUUGUUGGGAUGCGGUGUUUUGGGUUUGAGCGAUGCGUCGACGUGGUCACCGCCAGGAUCCACCUCAGUGUUUGAAAGGUCUUUGACUCAGAAAGGUGUGAAGCGGCUGGUGAGCCAUCAGAGGUCUUUAGAACUGUCGAAUGGUGGCGCGGUUCAUGGCAAUGGUUUCGACCGGGCGUUGCACGUGGUGUUUAGCGGAUUGUACAAAGGUCCAGCCCCUGCUUGUGCGACGACAGCACUGGCAAGGAACCUGAAAUUUCUAGCAGCGGGCGCAAUCGCUGGAGUGGUGUCUCGCACACUAGUAUCUCCUUUGGAGGUGGUGGCCAUGGCGACGGUGGGCGCAGUAGACGGGCCUAUGGACGUGCUCAUAAAGUUGUGGGCACUAGAAGGCGCAACAGGUUUUUAUAAGGGUAAUGGUGCGAACUGCCUCAAGGUGGCACCAACAAAAGGCAUUCAGUUUGUGUCCUNUGAGUUUCUCAAACGGCAGGUUUUGCUUUGGAAGCGCUGGUGUGACAUCCCCGAAGUACUCGAGCCAAUCGAACGUCUUGUAGCCGGUGGCUUUGCGGGUAUGGUCGCAGCCGCAUGUGUCUAUCCAUUGGAGACUGUGAAAUCGUUAUUGACGGUUGAAAGCGGGAAAUAUGGGACGGGAAUUGUCGACGCCCUAAAAGCCCUUGUGGAUGAGCAGGGUUUGUGCGCUCUCUAUCGCGGUCUCGUCCCUACUCUCAUCGCCAUGUUCCCCUACGUCGGUGUUGAAUUCUGCACCUACGAAACUUGCCGAUCUAUCAUCACCUCAUCCGAAAAUUCUCGAAUGACCACAUUCGAAACUAUGUGCCUUGGCGCCUUUGCCGGUAUGGUUGCACAGACUAGCUGCCACCCACUUGAUGUGGUACGCAAACGGCUCCAGCUCCAGGGUAUCGGUGGGCGGCCCAAGACAUUUGACAAUAUGUUCCAAGGUCUUGCAGGUAUUGCAAAGGCGGAGGGGCCCAACGGCCUCUACAAAGGGCUGAAGCCUGCCUGUCUCGCAACGCUUCCCAGCACGGGCUCAUCUUACGUCGUUUAUGAAGCCGCCAAAAGCCUUCUGGGUAUUGGUUCCGCUGGCUAGCUCGAUUGCUCUAGAGCUACUAUGGGUCCACAUGAGUAACCUGGACGUGGGGAUGUUGCGCUGGGAUGUUGGCAAUGUCAAGUAUUCGUCUCGCCGGGCCUGCGCCGGACCCCUUAGUCCAAGCCACAACGGGGGUGCAGCGAGCGGGUGCAGCGUAGUCGCUGGGCCUCGUUAGUACCCAGUUGCUAGUCGAACGCGGGAAAUACCAGGGAAAUACGAUGCGUUCUAGUAAAGCCCCCAGCCGCCAGC